AUGGCCGGAGCGCUGGCCGAUCAGCUCAAUGCUACAAAUCUUGGGGACGAUACCUCGGACCUCAACUGGAAAUCGAAAAUGAAUGUCCCAGCUAAAGAUUCUCGGCCACAAACUGAGGAUGUCACUGCAACUAAGGGUUUGGAUUUCGAGGAUUUUGUAAUCAAACGAGAGCUCCUUAUGGGUGUCUUCGAGGCUGGAUUUGAAAAGCCAUCGCCAAUUCAAGAAGAAACGAUUCCGGUUGCUCUUACGGGGCGCGACAUUCUUGCACGUGCCAAGAAUGGCACCGGAAAAACUGCUGCCUUCGUCAUUCCUACGUUGGAACGUAUCAACCCUAAGAGCACGAAAACUCAAGCUCUGAUCCUUGUACCCACGAGAGAGUUGGCAUUGCAAACAUCACAGGUUUGCAAAACGCUUGGAAAACAUCUAGGAAUUAACGUCAUGGUCUCAACCGGCGGGACUGGUCUUAAAGAUGACAUUAUCCGUUUGAAUGAGGCGGUGCACAUCAUCGUUGGAACCCCUGGCAGAAUACUUGAUCUUGCCAGCAAAGGAGUUGCUGACCUAAGGGAAUGUCCAACAUUUGUUAUGGAUGAGGCGGACAAACUUCUUUCCCCAGAAUUUACCCCUGUUAUUGAACAACUUCUCGCGCUCGGUCCAAAAGACCCAAAGGAUCGCCAAGUCAUGCUUUUCAGCGCUACCUUUCCCCUCAUCGUCAAAGACUUCAAGGAUAAACACAUGAACCAACCGUAUGAGAUCAAUCUCAUGGACGAGCUCACCCUCCGUGGUAUAACACAAUAUUACGCGUUCGUGGAAGAGAAACAAAAAGUCCACUGCCUAAACACUCUCUUCUCCAAGCUGCAGAUAAAUCAGUCCAUCAUAUUCUGCAAUUCCACAAACCGUGUGGAGCUACUCGCUAAGAAGAUUACUGAGUUGGGCUACUCCUGCUUCUACUCGCAUGCCCGCAUGCUACAACACAACCGUAACCGUGUAUUCCAUGACUUCAGAAAUGGUGUUUGUCGGAACCUAGUGUGCUCGGACCUCCUCACGCGUGGUAUCGAUAUUCAGGCUGUAAACGUGGUUAUCAACUUUGACUUUCCGAAGAAUGCCGAAACUUACCUACACCGAAUUGGUCGGUCUGGACGAUUUGGUCAUCUUGGUUUGGCCAUCAACCUUAUCAAUUGGGAUGACCGCUUCAACCUGUACAAGAUCGAACAGGAGCUUGGGACUGAGAUCCAGCCGAUCCCCCAGUCUAUUGAUAAGAAGCUCUAUGUCUACGAUUCUCCAGAGACCAUACCCCGCCCUGUUUCAAAUCCUACACCACAGCCUCAUGUUCCGAUGCUAUUGCCCAAUGGCACGUCGUCGAGUCAUACUAGGCCAGGUGGCGCGCCUCACCGUCAUUACGGCCAAGGCCGCCCUUAUCAUCCGGGUUCACAACAACGAGGUCCUCGCCACCACAAGCAGUAUCAGGGUCAGCGUCGUGGCCCUCAUGAGCACCCUCAGCAGGGUCGGAGCAGCGGGUACCCUCAAGCUUUUACCCAGUCUCCUGCUGCUCAAGCUCAAUAG